GAGCCCCGUCAUGGACGCCGCCUCUUGGCCUGCGCUCUCAGAUUCCGCGAAGGCCUCGGCCAAUUCGUCGUCGUCGUCGGAAUCGUUGAAGUCGCUCUCGGAUGGAUCGGCCUCCGCCCCCGCGGUGCCAGUGGCAUCAUCGUGCCAUGUAAAAUCUGAGACUGGAUCUUUGAGCCUUACACCGGUUCAGAAUCCAGUGUCCCCUUCCCGACGGAUCGCCGGAGGAAGCGGCAGUGGAAAUGGAAGCGGUAGUGGUACACCAAGUGGGUCGGCAUUGGCCCGGCGUCCAUGGAGAUUCCGGUGGCUGAACCUUCUCCUAGAGCCCCUCGGAACGGUGGGCCCCAUUUCGGUGGUGACGACCGUCGUGGUUCCGGUGGCGGCAACAGAAGAGGUCCUGCCACCGUGGGGGGCCCCAACCAUCGGCGUGACAGCAGCAGUGGAAUCACCAGAGAAGCCAUCAUCCUCAGCCACGAGGAGGGUUUCGGUCAUUCCCGAGGGCCCCACCGCCGCCGCCAAUGUCGCCGUCCAUCAUGAGGCCUCCACUCCGGCCGUUCCCUGGAAAUCCCAUGGGCUUCCACGAUGUGCCUCAUCCUAUCUACAUUAUGCCUCAACCGCCGUCCGUACCUUUUGUGCCGUAUCAAGUUCCAAAUGCCAUGUUUUUUCCGGCAUUGGAUUCUCUGCGUGCUCAACUGUUGCACCAGAUUGAAUACUACUUUAGUGAUCAGAACUUAUCUAAAGAUGAAUUCUUGAGGCGGCAUAUGGAUGAUCAGGGUUGGGUUCCUAUAUCUGUGAUUGCUCGCUUCAAUAGAGUGGCGCUAUUAACUAACCAACUGAUGCAAUUAACUAACAACAUACAACAGUUUAUACUGGAGACUAUGCGUUUGUCAACCGUAGUUGAAGUGCAGGGUGAGAAGAUAAGGAGGCGAAAUGUUUGGGGGAAUUACUUGCUAACUGAUGGUGUGGCAACACGCUUAACAAACCUCAACAUAAGGGGUUGAUACAAUUACGACGCGUUAUACUGGAUCAGAUUUUGGAAAACUGAACGAUCAGAACACGAAAGAUCAGGUGUGAACGGAGAUCCUGAAAAGGGAUGGAAUGGGAGCAGACAAUUUACUAUGUUUACCAGAUCAAAAUCGACAUUAUAAAGGUCUUGUUGGGUUAGUCUGGUUCAAGAGUUAGGGGCACAACAAAUUUUGAUAAACAAAAUUUUGUAUGACUGGAGAUUCUGGUGCCCUAGUCGAAUCUUUCAAAAGAAAUUUUAUGUAUUUAUCUGAUGUUCCAUAUAGUUUGGGUGGACGUUGUGUUUGGAUGGACAUCCAAUUUGCCUCAAUUUUUUUUUAUUGAAGGAUAACCUCAAUUUGGAGCCUUAUAUAAAUUUUUCGCUUAGAUGCCAUUUUUUCAA